AGAUCCAGCAAGGCGGCACCCACACCCAGGCAAACUGGCAACCACAAGCUAUCGUCUGGUCGUGGCCCCGGCCAACAGCCAGCGGAACUCCGGCGGCAGCAAUGUGGUAGUAACAACCACCGGCGGCAAUGGCGGUCCCAAUUCCAGCGGCGGCAACGGGAGCAAUGGCAGCUCUGGGAGCGGAGGCCUCAACGUGACGACCAUCACGACGACGAGCAGCGGCAGCCACAGUCACAGCCAGGUUCAGUCCGGCGGUAGCCAGAGCAACGGCACCACCUACAAGAUCGAGAUGCUCGACGAGGAAAUCCAGAGCCUGGGCAGCGACGACGACGAGGAGGAUCUGAUCAGCAGUGAUGGGAGCCUGUACGACGCGGAGCUCGGCUCGAUACCGGUCAACGAUGAUGUUGCCCAUCAGCUGGCCGCCGCCGGACCAGUCGGUGUGGCGGCGGCAGCGGCCAUCGCCAGCUCAAAGAAGCGCAAGCGGCCGCACUGCUUCGAGACGAACCCGUCGGUGCGCAAGCGGCAACAGAACCGGCUGCUGCGCAAGCUGCGUGGCAUCAUCUACGAGUUCACGGGUCGCGUCGGCAAGCAGGCGGUAGUGCUGGUGGCAACGCCAGGCAAGCCCAACACCAGCUACAAGGUAUUCGGCGCCAAGCCGCUGGAGGAUGUGCUCCGCAACCUGAAGAACAUCGUCAUGGACGAGCUGGACAAUGCGCUGGCGCAGCAGGCGCCGCCACCGCCCCAGGACGAUCCGUCGCUGUUCGAGCUGCCCGGCCUGGUGAUCGACGGGAUACCAACGCCCGUCGAAAAGAUGACCCAGGCCCAGCUGCGGGCCUUCAUUCCACUGAUGCUCAAGUACUCGACGGGACGGGGCAAGCCCGGCUGGGGACGGGAGUCGACGCGGCCACCCUGGUGGCCCAAGGAGCUGCCGUGGGCCAAUGUGCGGAUGGAUGCCCGCUCCGAGGACGACAAGCAGAAGAUCAGCUGGACGCACGCGCUGCGCAAGAUCGUGAUCAACUGUUACAAAUAUCAUGGACGGGAGGACCUGCUGCCGACCUUUGCCGAUGACGAUGACAAGGUGAACGCUUUGAUCUCGCAAUCGGGUGACGAGGACGAGGACAUGGAGCUAUCCAGCACGCCCACCAUCCACACAGUGACAACAAUGACGCCACCGUCAGGGAACAGCAAUCAGCCGCAGCAGGUCAAUGUGGUGAAGAUCAACAGCGCCGGUACGGUGAUCACCACCCACACGGCGCAGACCAACUCCCCGGCCCCGACGAUUAUCCAGAGCACCAACAACCAGCACGUGACCACCACGGCCACCUUGCCGGCCUCCACCAAGAUCGAGAUAUGCCAGGCGCCGCAGCAGCAACAACAGCACCACCAGCAGCACCACCUACCCGCCGGCAGCACCGUUCACAUUCAGCCCAUAAGCGGCGGCCAGCCGCAGACCAUACAGCUGACGACCGCCAGCGGGACGACCACGGCCACCGCUGUUCCAACGACGGCCGCCGCCGUAAGUGCCGCAGCCCAGGCAGCGGCCGCAGCCCAGAAUUCGGCCGCCCAGACUGUCACUGCCCAACAGAUUGCGAAUGCCCAAGUUUGCAUCGAGCCAAUAACGCUGAGCGACGUUGAUUACACCACGCAGACUGUUCUCUCGCAGAACGCUGACGGCACGGUGUCCCUCAUCCAGGUGGAUCCCAACAAUCCCAUUAUCACGCUGUCGGACGGCACAACCGCCCAGGUGCAGGGCGUGGCAACGCUGCAUCAGGGCGAGGGUGGAGCCACCAUCCAGACCGUACAAAGUCUCACCGAUGUCAACGGGCAUGAGAACAUGACCGUGGAUCUGACCGAGACGCAAGAUGGCCAAAUCUAUAUCACCACCGAGGAUGGGCAGGGCUAUCCCGUCUCCGUGAGCAAUGUGAUCUCGGUACCCGUCUCCAUGUACCAGUCGGUGAUGGCCAAUAUGCAGCAGCUGCAGACGAACAGCGACGGCACCGUGUGCCUGGCCCCCAUGCAGGUAGAUACCAGCGCCACGCGCACCUCCAGCUCGGCCUCAGGGUCCCAGCCGCCGGCCACCCAACAAUCCCUGCAGUGCUACUCGCUGAUCAGCCCCGGCCAUGCCCUUCUGGGCAGACGCGGCGGCGGUGGCAGUGGCGCUACCUUGGGGCAACACCACCAGUCGCUCACAUUGCAGGCAGCUCCGGGGGCGCGCUACUAUCUGGCGGCAGCGCCGGCGGCCACCUCGACCAUUAAUCACAGUAGCAGUAGCAACCAUAGUAGCAGUAGUGCGGGCUUUAAUAUCCACCAGAACCAUAACCACCACCAUCACCACAACAACAACAACAACAAUAGUACCCUUGCCAACAACAACAAUAACAACAACAGCGGCAGCAGCAGCAAUAGCAAUAGCAUUAAGAGGCCCCUCCCCAUUCUGCUGACAACUCCCAAUCCCAAUCCCGCUGCCCAUCCAACCACGACAAGCACCACCACGACGGCAGCAACCACAACGCGCUCCACGCGACGUGUGGCGGCGGCCAACAAGGCCGGACCCUUUGCACAGAAGCGUCGUAAGCCCGGGAGGAGCAGCCGCAAGCUGCCCACAAAGACGGCCGGCGAGACGUCUGCCUCCAGCGGAUCCUCUGUGCCCAUAGGCUCCUCCGCGGCGUCUACAGCUGCCGCCAUACGUUGCGUGGACAGUGCCAGUCUGACGAACAUGCAGCUGCAGCUGCCGGCCAAGACGAUUAAGCUGGAGAACUUUGAGUAGAAGUCGUUGACCCGUACACCCGUAGUUACGUAGACCCCACCCAGAUAUAGAUACAGAUACAGGCAACCUCUCGAAUCUAGUCAAGAAGCGGCUUUGCACAAACACCCAACUCAUACGCAGCAUUUUGCUAACAACAUAGACACACCUCACACACAGAUACACACACUUGCCAUCUAUACUUAGAAAAAACAAAUUGUGAAUGCCAGAAGAAACGAGGCGAGGAAACUAAGCAGGAAAAGUAGGAAAGGUUCCUGGAAUAACGUGGAAUAGAAUUUAUUUGAAUUCGGAUCGGAAGAAUCUUCGAUGAAUCGAAAAAAACACACAAAAACACCAAAAUAGGAAUAUAAUUUGUUGAUAAAUGAAACAAAAGCCAAAAAUCAGAAUGCACAUAGAGAGCAGAGAGCGGUUUGAUUUACCGAAAAGGCAAAGAAAGCUGAAAGUGAAUUAAUCAGUCAUGUUCCUAGUUAAUCAAGCUGCAAAACCAAUCAUGGAUAUCCGUUUUUGUUGUCGUUUGUUUUAGUCUUAAGUGAUUUGCAUAUAGAAUCGUGGACAUAAUCUUGCUAGGGCAUAGAGUGGAACUCAGACCAAAUAUUUUAGAAAGUAAAAGUAAAAGUAGUGAGCAAUUGCAAUCGGAAUGCUAGGCAAAUCUUGAGUUAGUUUAGUUCGGUAAGUAGUCAAGCGAACAGGAACCUAGUUUAAAUCAUAACCCCCCCCCCCCUGUAACCCGUAACCCAAAGCCCAAAGCCCAUGCCCAAAGCCUAAACCCAAACCAAAUUUAGUCAAUCCCGCAUUGAAAAUGUAGACAAAAGAAAUCGGUUAAGAAGAGCCACAGCAGAGUAUGUUAUGCCAUUGAUUUUUAUUGUGUUAGUUUGUGCCUUGGACCCUUAGCCUUAAAACCAUGUGGGAUAUGCUAAACAUACAUACAUAUAUAGAAUAGAAUACGUAUAGGGAUAUACGCGUAUCCCUGGUACCACUUGCCUGGCAUCCCCGGCCCUUUGGGUCGCUCGCUGCAAACAUUGAAAGUGCAUAUAAAGUUAUUUUUAUGUUGAUCUA